AGACACUCGGUUUGACCGAGCACCUCUACGACGACAACGACGCGGUAACCUUCUCCGUAAAUCAGGUGGGUCACGACACCACCACCACCCUACCUUCAAUUCAAUAAUAAAAAGUUAAAACAACAACUCCCACUUUCCCAAUUCUUCCUCAUCUUCAAUUCAUUGCCUCUAAAAUUAACCAACUCAAUCCAAACCGCUUUAACUUUUCUCCAAACACACACACGUCUCAGAUCUUCUAAACCUUUUUGUCUACUCAUCUAUUCCAACAUCCAUACCUAUUGCUUCAGUUUUACAGGAAUUGUUUUAUUUAUUUUUUUAUUAACUGUUUGAUCAUACAUCUCGCUCUGAUUUGUUAAUGGCGUCGAAUUUCGAACGUUGGGAGAAAGAUCCCUUCUUUUCUGCUGCUGAAGAAGUUCAGGAAUCUGCCGACAGGAUGGAAUCUACAUACAGAACAUUGAUUCACGCAUUGAAAGAACCUUCUGUCUGGAAGACCGAAGAGCUUCGAAGGGAUUUACGAACCGCCCUUGGCACUGCUAAAUGGCAGUUGGAAGAAUUUGAAAAGGCGGUUGAAAACAGUUACAAUAAAUCCUCAUGCAAUGAUACGAAAACCCGACAUCGCGAAUUCAUUACCGCAAUGGAGAACCAAAUUUCAAAGGUUGAAAAAUGUUUAAACGAAUCGACGGUUACCGCACAAAAGCCACCUCGGCCGUGGGUGCAUCUAGAUGAAAGAGAAAGCAAGGAACUUGCAUCGUUUCUUUCGGGAGAACCUGCGGAAGUUUGCUUUAAUGGUGAUCGAACACAGAAACAAGACGUAGCUGACCGGUCAACACCCGCAUGCUCCAACAAUCAGUCUAGCGAAAACAAGUUUUCUAAGCAUAGAAGGACAGCAAGUGCGGGUGCCGACCUUGUUUCCUGGAAUAUUGAGGUUGCUGAUGAUGUUUCUGUUGGCGGUGUUGUUGGAAAAACAGAACAACCGCCUCGGAAAACACCAAGUCUUUCAGGGUUUUUAAAUACCAUGGAAUUUGCAUCGAAAUUGCAACUGUCAAAGAAUGGUUACAGGAAACUGAAGCCUGUGGAUUACAAAUUGCCUGAGACUCAGCCUGUGAGCAGAGGUUGUUAUGAAAGGAGUAAGAGCUGCCUUGAGAGUGACGAUGAUUGUUACCAGAAGCAACUUUACGGGUGGUAUGGUGCUAUACAAAGACAACUUCAAAGAUCACAGUAUUAUGUGCAGUAUAAUCGGCCUACUCAAAUGAUAUUUUGGGCGCUUGUUCUGAUUUUCUUGUUUGCAGUAAUUACGGUGCUUGUGAUCUGAACCGGAGCUCUGGUCUAACCAUUACCCACCCGGAUCCCACAUUAGCAAUUAAGAACCAUAAUUUGCAGGCGAAUUGAGUCAAUGUAUCCAGCUCUCUUCAGCUGCAGAUUCAUAUUCUUCUAAAAAUACUGUUAUGUAAAUGUAAACUGUAGAUCUUUAGGGUGAACACCUAUGCCCUUUUUUGCUGUAAUUGUUCCACUUGAAAUGGCAUUAUAUUUUUUUAAAUAAAAUGACUUCUUUUUAUUUCAA